AUAGAGUAAUGCCAUUUGGUUCAGCUUUAUUUUGGUAAGAGGAGGCUCUGCUGAUUCAGCCAUGGCGGGUGAUGAGCUCCAUGUUGUGAUGCUGCCAUGGUCGGCCUUUGGCCACAUGAUCCCCUUUCUGCAACUCUCCAUGGCCUUGGCCAAAGCAGGAGUCCGUGUCUCCUUCGUUUCCACUCCACGCAACAUUCACAGACUCCCCAGACCACCCCCAACUCUAUCACCCCAAAUACAGAUGGUGGAACUCCCGCUUCCCGCCCUGGAUUACGCGUCGCAUCCCUUACCAGAAGGCGCCGAGGCCACCGCUGAUGUCUCUUUCGACCAAAUUCAAUUCUUAAAAGUCGCCUACGAUCUCCUCAAACAUCCCUUCCGGCGAUUCGUCGCCGAUAGAUCUCCCGAUUGGAUAGUGGUAGAUUUCUGCUCCCCCUGGAUCGCAGAUAUUGCAGCAGAGCAUCGCGUCCCUGUCAUUUACUUCUCUGUUUUCUCUGUCACCGCAAACGUGUUCGCCGGCCCAGAGGGCUACCUCGUCGGGGAAGGCCAGCGGAGGCUUCGGUCUUCGCCGGAGAGCCUGACGUCGCCGCCGGAGUGGUUGACCUUCCCGUCUUCAGUAGCUUUCCGGAGCCACGAAGCUAGGAGCUUUCAUGCUGGAUUCUUCGGGGGGAAUGCUUCCGGCGUGACUGACGCCGAACGGCUGGCCGAGACCCUCAGCGCGUGCCAAGCCGUGGCUGCUCGCGGCUGCAACGAGUUCGCAGGUGAGUAUCUCGGUUUAUUUGAGAAGCUAAUAGGAAAGAGGGUGAUUCCGGUGGGAUUACUUCCGCCGGAGCCGGCAAAUGGGAGGAAUAGAGAUCACAGAGAGGGAAAAUGGUGCGAAAUCUUCAAGUGGCUGGAUGAGCAAAAACCCAACUCUGUUUUGUUCGUGGGGUUUGGGAGUGAGUGCAAGCUAAACAAAGAUCAAAUUUUUGAGAUAGCGCACGGGCUGGAGCUCUCCGAACUGCCGUUUCUCUGGGCACUGAGGAAACCCGAUUGGGUGACCGAAGAUGUCGAUGCUCUGCCGCCGGGCUUCGUCCGCCGGACGUCCGGCGGAGGGGUGGUGUGUCUGGGAUGGGCGCCGCAGACGGAGAUUCUGGGACACCCGUCAAUUGGAGGUUCUCUGUUUCACGCGGGGUGGGGCUCUGCUAUAGAAGCUCUGCAGUUCGGGCACUGUCUGGUGGUCUUGCCGUUCAUCAUCGAUCAGGGGUUGAACGCGAGGCUGCUGGUGGAGAAGGGAGUGGCGGUGGAAGUGGAGAGGAGAGAAGACGGGUCUUUUAGCAGAGAAGACAUAGCUAAAUCUGUGAGGAUGGCUAUGGCGUCGGAGGAAGGAAAAGGGGUGAGGGAGCGUGCAAGAGAAGCUCGUAAAGUGUUCGGGGAUUUGCAGCUGCACCAAGACUUCUACAUUGCUGGCUUUGUUGAAUAUUUGAAAAAUGGCGUGAAGAAGGAACAAAAGCCAACAGUUGCGCCUUAAAAUAUAAGAGAACUCGUUUGAAAAUUAAUGGCGAUGUUUGUAGUAAUGGUGAUCGGUGAAAACGACUGCAUGUAACAUUGGAAUGGAAUAAAUUUUAUCAUGUCAUCUAUUUAAA